AUGGCUCAUGGAGAAGGAACCACGUCAACAAAGACCGAAAAGGGGAGCAUUGCUCCGGAGGCUCAAUCCUUGGAAAAGGAGGAAGCGCCUAAGGAAUCUGCCGAAAUCAAGGUUCCAGAAGCACCCAAGCGCACCAGGGUACCAGAUGCCGUCCAGAGGAAAUUGGCGGCCAAGAAACAGAAGGGCCCUCAGCCCAGCAGGUUGGCGCAGGAAUCACGCAGCUACCAGGCCAAAAGAAAGAGGCAUUCGAUGGACGUAUAUGUCCAGAUCACAGGCCUGGACUCAGGAAAGACACCCGGUGUCAAGGCACUACUCGACAGUGGCUGCAGUACCUGCUGCAUCGAUACUGACUACGCGCAGGCGGAGAAGCUGGAUAUCCAAGAGCUUCCACAACCCAUCGAUCUGGAAGAAGGAGAGUCAAUCCUACUGGUCGACUUUGGAAAGGAGGUGGAUCUACGGCUGAAGGAAACGCCGGGGCAGAAAUUCGCAGAAGAAGCGGAAAAAGAGAAGGAGAGGAUGACCGAGGGAAAGAUUCCGGAUCAGUACCGAGAAUUUGUCAAAUGGAAGGCCACACUGGAGGAGCCCAGUGGCCAGGCCAGUGCCGGGCCGGCCAGUGGAGACAUUGGAGGCGAGGACCAAUGCCCGACUGGGAAGAGGGGUGGUGUGGAUGAGCGCAAAGGCAUCUGGUACGAGCCUGUAUGGCAGUAG